AUGCACUUAAUCCCUCUUCCAUUUACACAAUACUGUUAUAAUUCAAGUUUACCAUUGACUUCAUUGACCGAAAAGCAAUGCGUUGAUUUUUCCACUACAUCUCAAGAGAAUUCGACUGGAGUAAUAAACAAAAUGACAAAGAUUCAUAAAUAUUUUCGUGGUGCUAUGAGUGCAAUGAAAUCUGCUACCAAAAAUAAAAUAUUCAAUCCCGACGAAGAGUCAUCUGAUGAAGACGAAGAAGUUAUCGGAAAUCAAGGUAUUCGUCUAAGAUCAUCUAGACAAGCAAGAGGAAGACGAGAAUUCUUGCAAAUCAAAUUAGUUCAAGAAAUGAAAAAUGAGCACACGGGUGCUAUAUGGGCUAUGCGUUUUUCACCAUGUGGUCGAUUAUUGGCUACUGCUGGAUAUGAUCGAAAUAUUCGAAUAUGGGUCUUGAAACAGUGUUAUCGAUAUUUUAAAGAGAUGCAACGAAGUUCUACUCCACCACCAACUAGUGCAAAAUAUGAAUCAGUUGGUUCAUUUAUAUCAAAUGAUUUUCAAACUGUAAAUGAUGCUACAUCCACUGUACUAUUAGAUGAAGAGAGUCGUUUUGAUUCGUUAAGCUUAACAUCGACUACCAUUUCAACAUCAGGUAAAACUGAUGUUAGUGAAGCGGAUGGAGCAUCUAGUAGCAGUUCUGCACAAGGAUAUUCUAAUGUACUCGGUCUAACUGAUGAAUUUCCUUCACCAUUAUCUUCUUGUGAUAGUACUAAAAAUAGUAAAACAAAACCGUCGGAAUCCACAACAGCACCUGGACCAAUAUCAUCAUCAUCAUCACCACCACUGCCACCGGCAACAACAACAACAACAACCGCUGCAUCAUCAUUACCUACAAUGCACAGUGUACAUCGUGAACGUAGAACUGUAUUUCGUUCAAAACCAUUAUUAGUUUUACGAGGUCAUGAAGGUGUGGUUACAGAAUUAGCAUGGUCUAAAAAUUUAUUCCUUCUAGCUACUAGUAUGGAUCAUCAAGUACGGCUUUGGCAUAUAAGUCGACGUGAAUGCCUAUGUGUAUUUAGUCAUAAUGAUACAGUGCCAACAAUUGUAUUUCAUCCAAAGGAUGAUCGUUAUUUUCUCUCUGGUAGUUUGGAUGGGAAACUUCGUCUGUGGAAUAUACCAGAUAAGAAAGUACGUUUUUGGGUCGAAGUCCCAGUACCUAGUGCUUUGCCAGUAGCAACUAAUACAUCAUCGUCCACAAAUACUGUUGCUAAUUUUUUUACACGUUCUAAUCCAUAUACCGGUUCACAAUAUACAACAUCAAUGCUGGGUCUUUCAUCGUCAAAAGGAAACAGUAGUGGUGGUGUUGGACCUAAAACAGUGAUCACUUGUGCGACAUUUGCUUGUGAAGGCACUAAAGUUGUUGUUGGCACAUAUGAUGGUCGUGUAUUGUUCUUCAAUAGUGAGCUAUCGUACAUAACUUUUAUAACAAUCAAGUCUGGUACCACAAAAGGUCGUCAUUGUCGUGUUACAGCUAUUGAAUGUGAUCCAUCUGAUUCAAAUAAGAUUUUAGUCACAUCAAAUGAUUCACGUCUACGUUUAGUUGAUGCCCGUGACUAUCAUACAUUGUGUAAAUAUCGUGGAUUUGUCAAUGAAACUAGUCAAAUACGUGCAUCGUUUAGUCCAACUGGUCGUUAUCUAAUCUCAGGAUCAGAAAAUGCAUUCUUUUACAUUUGGCAAAAAUCAUUAGAUGUUGAUAAAAUAUCACGAUUUUCACGUGUACGUAAAGAUAGAAAUAAUUGUUGGGAAGCAAUUAAAGCUCAUGAUACAAUGGUCACUGUAGCUGUGUUCAGUCCAAAUCCAAAUUUAGUAUUGAAUAAACAAUGUUCAACACGUAGACCGUUUAAUUCAUGCAUUAUUUCAAAUUAUUCUGAAUUAAGUAAUACUGAUUGCAUGGAUACUAAUCGUGGUAUUUAUCAUCCAAGACUAUUAAAUUUAAAUAAAUCAUUAGUUUCAACUACAACUAUAGAUUUGAAUCGAGAAACAUUAGUCUAUUUAGGUGAAAUAGUUGUUUCAGCUGAUUGUAACGGUUGUAUUCGAGUAUUCAAGAAGUAUUCAACGGAAACUACCCAAUCUACGUGUAGUUAAUAGAAGUUGACAGAUUAUUCAAUCAGACAAUUCGAUUACUUUUUGUGCAUAUAUAUAUAUAUAUAAAUAUUUAUGUUUACUUUGUAAUUUUUAUUAGUUGACCAUUAUUUGUAUGUAAGAAUAAAAAGAUGAUUUGACUGUGUACACUGACAAAGUCUUCCUUGUAAUCAUUUCCAUUCAGUUUCUGUAAAACUCUGCUAAUCAAUAUCUUUUUGAUUGGAAUUAUUCUCAUGAUCAUAUAUACAUAUAUAUAUGUAUAUGUAUAUAUACAUAUAUAUAGCUUGUGGGCGAGGUGUUACAAGAAGAAAAUAAUAUUUUACUAUAUUUCACAUUAUUUCCAAACGUUUAUUGUCAGUGAUUUUCUCUUAACUUUUCGCGAAUUGUUUAUUUUGACAACAACAACAGCCACAACAGACAAACAAUCAAACAUCAUUAUUUUCUUCUAUUAAAUUAUUUGUUUAUCAUUUAAAUAGCACUAAUUGUUUUUAUUUUGUGUGUGUUAUCGUUUCACUUUCAUUAUUCUCAAUUGAUUGGAGUUAUUGUUGAUGGAUAGGUAAUGUUUGCUCCCGUUUUUUUUUCAUAUGUUUUUGUACACUCCUAGUAUCAUUUUAUCCGUGUCCAGUGAAUAUGAUGAAUUUAUGAAACACAGUGUUGUUUCAAAAUGUGAUCUAUUCAUCAUUUUAUUUAUUUCUAACUGAAUUAUUAUUAUUAUUAUUUUUAAUGAAUAAUUUUAUUUUCUAUUAUUCUAGUUUAAAUAAUAUUGUAUAAUAAUAAUAAGAUGAAAUUAUU